GGAAGGGUUGCAGGGAGGGAUACGAGCGUCAAGCUCGGCAGUGGCAGCAUCCAUCCAUCCACCCCUCCCUCCCUCUCCUACCCGUCGCAUAGAACAGCCCAUUUUCACGUUGCCAUCACCUUAGGACGAGUGCGGUUAGCGAGGUAUCUUUUCAGCAUGUAGACCCAAAUUCUUGCUUACCUAUUGGAGCGUAUGCUGUAUUAUCUGACAAAAAACAACAGCAACGAGAAACAUUGGGAACAACGACAAGAACAGUAGGCCUAAUAAUAUCAAAUAGCUACCUGCAGUCCAUAACCAUUAAUUUAUGCAAACACGCUAAUAUCUACCCUGUAUCAUUUCAUUUUCUUCAGCAUUAGAGGAAUUCCACAUAGGCCUAGACGUCCGCACAAUUUUGUGCUCUACAUUUUUAUAUGCUGACCAGAAACAACAGAUGGAACAUCACGUCGGUAUACAUCCCUCAAACGUUUUUUUCUCUGUCGGAUUUGAAGUGAAUUUGAAAGUGAAUAACAUUGGAUUUUCUGUUUUUCUAAACUCCCCGUUGACGUCCUUGGACAUGGCCGGCCUCUAGGUGAAUCCACCUUCUGAAGCAUCUUACUCUUUACACUCAAACGCCUGAGCUCUUCUUUUUAUUUCUCUCCUUACAAAUAUCUGGCUCUAUGGAUUGGUAUCCUCCCUAUCAUUUAGCUUGAUGCCCUUUUCUCUUCUGGGGUUGUGAGAAACACCAGAUUAAGGUCUCUGGUGGAAUAAACCACAGUCAAAUCACACAACAAAACAUUUCCAUAUGUUCUUCCACACAUGCCUUGAUAUGGAGAAUCAUAGAAGGGGAAAAGGAGGGAGUGGCAUGGGGGAACAUUAAUCGAAAAAUCACAUAGUCAAGCAUACCCCACUUCCUACCCUGGCCAAGGCACUAAAGGAGUCCAUCAGAAAAUCAUUGUUUUUUGAAAAAUCAACACAUUUCUAUAACCACACAUUAUCAUGGGGGACUUAGCCAAUAGCUCGGUGGAGUUCAAACCGAAGAAGCAAGGUAGUGGAGGGGGAAUGGAAGUCAACCAUGCAGGGGACUUCGGGGCUACCCUGGAGGACCUGCGGGACCUUAUGGAGCUGAGGGGUGCAGAAGCCAUUCAGAAGAUCCAGGAGAACUACAUGGACACAGAGGGCCUCUGUCAGAGACUGAAGACAUCCCCAGCCAAUGGCCUAUCGGACAACCCGUCAGACCUGGAGAAGCGUGGCCAGGUGUUUGGCCAGAACUUUAUCCCUCCUAAGAAAGCCAAGUCGUUCGUGGAGCUGGUCUGGGAGGCCCUACAGGAUGUCACUCUCAUCAUCCUGGAGAUAGCUGCCAUCAUCUCCCUCGCACUGUCCUUCUACCAACCACCCGGAGAGGAGAGCGAAGCGUGUGGGAACGUGGCGUCCGGUGCAGAGGAUGAGGGCGAAGCGGAGGCUGGCUGGAUCGAGGGCGCAGCCAUCUUGUUGUCCGUAGUCUGUGUGGUGCUGGUGACGGCCUUCAAUGACUGGAGCAAGGAGAAACAGUUCCGGGGACUGCAGAGCCGCAUCGAGCAGGAGCAGCGAUUCGCCGUGGUGCGGAACGGCACCGUCAUCCAGAUCCCUGUGGCCGAAAUGGUGGUCGGGGAUGUGGCCCAAAUCAAAUACGGCGAUCUCCUUCCUGCUGAUGGGAUACUGAUACAGGGAAAUGACCUGAAGAUCGAUGAGAGCUCGCUGACAGGAGAGUCUGACCAUGUAAAAAAGUCUGUUGACAAGGACCCUAUGUUGCUGUCUGGAACUCAUGUGAUGGAAGGCUCUGGAAAGAUGCUGGUUACUGCUGUGGGGAUCAACUCUCAAACUGGAAUCAUCUUCACUCUACUGGGGGCUGGAGAGGGUGAUCAAGAGGAGGAGAAGAAAGACAAGAAAGAGGGCAAUAAUACCCCUGCAGUCGAAGCAAAACAGAUCAGCAUCAUGAAUGGUAAGCAAGAUGGGACAUUGGAAAACAAUCAGAACAAAGCCAAGAAACAGGAUGAGGCCGUUGCCAUGGAGAUGCAGCCCCUGAAGAGCGCUGAAGGAGGGGAGGUGGAAGCAGAGAAGAAAAAGGGCAACGUGCCUAAAAAAGAGAAGUCUGUGCUCCAGGGCAAACUCACUAAACUGGCCGUGCAGAUCGGGAAGGCAGGUCUGGUCAUGUCAGCCAUCACAGUGAUCAUCCUGGUGAUGUACUUUGUGAUCGAGACCUUUGUGGUUCAGGGCCGGGAGUGGCUCACUGAGUGUACACCUGUCUAUGUGCAGUACUUUGUCAAGUUCUUCAUCAUCGGCGUCACAGUGCUGGUGGUGGCUGUGCCUGAAGGGCUGCCACUGGCUGUCACUAUAUCACUUGCCUACUCUGUCAAGAAAAUGAUGAAGGACAAUAAUUUGGUGCGCCACCUAGAUGCCUGUGAGACCAUGGGCAAUGCCACGGCCAUCUGCUCUGACAAGACGGGCACCCUCACUACCAACCGCAUGACCGUGGUGCAGGCCUACGCGGGCGACCAGCACUUCCACAUGGUCCCGCACCCUGACCAGAUGAAUCCUAUGGUGCUGGACACACUCGUAAACGCCAUAGCUGUCAACAGCGCCUACACCUCCAAGAUUAUGCCCCCAGAUAAGGAGGGAGGCCUACCCAAGCAGGUGGGCAACAAGACAGAGUGUGCCCUACUUGGCUUCGUCCUGGACCUGAAGAGGGACUAUGCCCCCGUGAGGGAACAGAUCCCUGAGGAGAAGCUCUACAAGGUCUACACCUUCAACUCGGUGCGCAAGUCCAUGAGCACAGUGGUGCAGUUGCCCGAUGGAUCCUUCCGCCUCUACAGCAAGGGGGCCUCUGAGAUCCUGCUCAAGAAGUGCUCCUCUAUCAUGGCUGGCGGUGGAGAUCCGCGGGGUUUCCGCCCACGGGACAGGGAUGAGAUGGUGAAGAAGGUGAUCGAGCCCAUGGCCUGCGACGGCCUGCGCACCAUCUGCGUGGCUUACAAGGACCUGCCGGCCAGCCCUGAGCCCGACUGGGAGGACGAGGCGGGCAUCGUCAGCGACCUCAUCUGUAUCACCGUGGUGGGCAUCGAGGACCCUGUCCGCCCAGAGGUCCCAGAUGCUAUCAAGAAAUGCCAGCGAGCAGGUAUCACUGUGCGCAUGGUGACAGGUGACAACAUCAACACAGCACGAGCCAUCGCUGCCAAGUGUGGCAUCAUCCAGCCAGGGGAUGACUUCCUGUGUAUAGACGGGAAGGAAUUCAACCGACGAAUCAGAAAUGAGAAAGGAGAGGUUGAGCAGGAGCGCAUUGAUAAGGUUUGGCCCAAACUGAGAGUUCUGGCUAGGUCCUCACCUACAGACAAACAUACACUGGUCAAAGGCAUCAUAGACAGCACCGUACUGGAACAGCGGCAGGUAGUGGCUGUGACAGGGGAUGGGACAAACGACGGACCCGCCCUGAAGAAGGCCGAUGUUGGCUUUGCCAUGGGCAUCGCUGGUACUGACGUAGCCAAGGAAGCCUCUGACAUCAUCUUGACUGAUGACAACUUCUCUAGCAUUGUGAAGGCGGUCAUGUGGGGACGUAACGUCUAUGACAGCAUCUCCAAGUUCCUCCAGUUCCAGCUCACUGUCAACGUGGUGGCUGUCAUUGUGGCCUUCACCGGCGCCUGUAUCACACAGGACUCUCCUCUGAAGGCUGUCCAGAUGUUGUGGGUGAACCUGAUCAUGGACACCUUUGCCUCCCUGGCCUUAGCCACCGAGCCGCCCACUGAGUCCCUGCUCCUGAGGAAGCCUUACGGCCGCAACAACCCCCUCAUCUCCCGCACCAUGAUGAAGAACAUCCUGGGUCAUGCCAUCUACCAGCUCACCAUCAUCUUCACCCUGCUGUUUGCGGGAGAGAAGAUCUUCAACAUUGAUAGUGGACGCAACGCCCCUCUGCACUCUCCCCCCUCCGAGCACUACACGAUCAUCUUCAACACCUUUGUGCUCAUGCAACUGUUCAACGAGAUCAAUGCCCGCAAGAUCCACGGUGAAAGGAAUGUUUUCGACGGCAUAUUCCACAACCCUAUUUUCUGCAGUAUUGUGCUGGGGACUUUUUUAAUGCAGUUUGUGAUUGUGCAGUUUGGGGGGAAACCUUUCAGUUGCACACCGCUCAAUGUGGAGCAGUGGUUGUGGUGUCUGCUCGUGGGAGUAGGAGAGCUGCUGUGGGGACAGCUCAUCACCACGGUGCCUACCAGCCGCCUGCCCUGUCUGAAGGAAGCGGGUCAUGCGCUGGGUAAGGAAGAGAUGAUUGAUGAUGACAUGGCAGAUGAUGAGCAAGAGAUUGACCAUGCUGAGAGGGAGCUACGUCGAGGGCAGAUCCUCUGGUUCCGGGGCCUCAAUCGUAUUCAGACUCAGAUGGAGGUAGUGAGUACCUUCAAGAGAAGUGGUUCCUUUCAGGGUGCUGCGCGACGUCGCUCCUCAGUUCUCAGCCAACUCCAUGACAUCCGAGUGGUGAAAGCAUUCCAUAGCCCACUUUAUGAUGGCAUUGAGAAGCCGGAAUCCAAGAACUCCAUCCACGACUUCAUGGCACACCCGGAAUUUCUCAUCAGUGACUUGGUCCACAACAUCCCCUUGAUUGACGAGACAGACAUUGAAACCGAAGAAUCAGAGCGCUCAGAGUGCAACAACGUUCGCCUGGCUUUUCGUCAAGCUCCUCCCCCUGCCCAGGCCCCUCAGCCUCCCCCUCGCUGCCGCUCCACCUCCCGUCCCGCCCCCUGCCGCCAGCAGAGCCUCCCCGUUACACUCAACUGCAACAACAACGCCACUGCUGCUGCUGACGCUGAGAAUGGAGAUCAUCUGAACCCAAAAGAUGCAACACUACCAACUGCUUCUCUCUGCCGCCCCGCCAGCCCGUUGCACAGCUUGGAGACCUGUUUAUAACUACAAUCUGGGCACAUGGUUGACAAGUAGGGAGAGGAAACACCAAUGACUUUGAUGGACAUGGAUGUAACCCAACAAAGAGGAAAUGAAGAGGAAAACUGGACAUGGAAAGAGAAAUUAUUACAUUGUAUAGACCAAUGGUUUUAUAGAUUGUUGCCCAACCUUUCCUCAACAGCCACUGCUUUAAGCCUGCACUCUCCGCUUCAAAACACUCACAUAUCCUCUCAAAAAGCUCCGCAAUCUAACGAUGCUAACCCCAUCAGACUCUGAUCAACACUUUUGAAAUGUAUAUCUAGGCACGCAAUAGAGGAGUGAUUGGUGUAGUGGAGACAAGAAUGAACUGGAAUUGAUUCUUGCCCUUUUGAUUGAAAAUAUGAAGACUCAACCGAAAGUGAAAUGGGGUUAAUUCAUUCUGCUUUUUAACAAUAUAAUUGUUCAGAUUAUUACUGUUGUUAUUACUACUGCAAUUACUACAAUUACUACUACAAUUAUUAUAUUCCAGUUAAUGAUGCUUCAUUAAUUAGCUUUAUCUUUCCAUGUAUGUUUGUAUGUAUUGUUUGUUUGCUUAACUGCUGUAUUUGUCUCCUUGUUUUUCUGUUUUUAUAUACUCCUUCUGGUCACGUCACCUUUUUUCCUUUUCUGUGUUUACAUGUGUUGUGUAUGUCUUGAAAAAGAAAAUAAUAAAUAUAACUAUACAAAUAAAUUUAAAACAUAUACAACAACUUCAAAACACAAAAUGGUAAGAAAAUAGUAGAUAUGCUAGGAAAAAAAUCCCCAAAAGCACUACUAAUAGUUUUGGUUCUUCUCUUCAUGUAGAUAUGUCUUGAAUUAAGUAAUUCAUUUGGACACUUCCAUGAACAAAGGGAACAACUGAACUGAGUAUUGAAAAUAUUAAGUUGUGCAUAGUGAUUAAAGUAAUUUAUUUAAAUGAUUAUUUUAUUAAUCCAUGUGUAUUCUCUUUAUUUUUGUCUUUUAGUUUGCAUAGAUUACAUAACACAAAAUGUAAGGAAAUAAUUACUUUUUGAUGUACUUUAGAAUCCGUCAAACAAUAUUUGACUGUAUGAUUUAUGUGUUUCUACCCAACUAUGCUUUACUGCCAUCAACAGUGAUAACUAGUCAUAGCUUUUACAGUGGCACAGUUAUAUAUCAGAACAGAACAUUGAAUAUAUCUUUACUUUUACAUUUUACUUACAUUUCCACAUAUAGUGUUUUAAGAGUGAUUUCGUUUUUGAAAGUAGCAAAUAGGAAUUCUCCCUUUGUGGAGCACUUAUUAAAGCAGUCUGAAGAAAAUAUAUUCAACAACCAUGAGAAAUAAUUCCCUUUAUCACCGAGUGGGAGUGAUUAUGUUGCAAUAGAAGUUGGACGACUGAGGUAUCUGUAAGGUGUAUUGCCAUGUUUUCUGAUGUUAGACACAAUCGAUAUCAAUAAACUGUUUUGCACUGAA